AACUAAUAACCCACCUUUCCUGCCUUCAAAUCAGUCACAAAUUAAACCAGAAGGCGUUGCGAGGCGACACGGAGGACUGUCGGACAAACUUAGUAGACGCAUUCUAAAGUCCUCAAACUCACAGGCAGAAGAGGCUUGAAGCGAUCCAUCCUUUCUGGCUGCUUUCAAGGAAGGAUACGCUGCUGGACAUGUGAAUUUAAAAGGAGAUACUUGCUCAGCACAACAAUGAACCAAACGACUGCCCCGUGUUGCUUCGGCUUUCUUCUGACUUGCCUCUUGUUCGGGUACAGCGCUUCACAAUCAGUAUGUGCUGGUACAGAGAACAAGCUGAGCACACUGUCAGACCUGGAGCAACAGUACCGCACCCUGAGGAAGUACUACGAGAGCUGUGAAGUCGUUAUGGGCAACCUGGAGAUCACAAGCAUUGACCGCAGUCGGGACCUCACUUUCCUCAGAUCUAUCCGAGAAGUCACCGGUUAUGUGUUGGUGGCCCUCAACCAGUUUGACUACCUGCCUUUAGAGAACUUAAGGAUCAUCCGAGGAACUAAGCUGUACGAGGACCGCUACUCCCUCGCCAUCUUCCUCAACUACAGACGGGAUGGUAACUUCGGCUUGCGUCAGCUGGGCCUGAAAAACCUCACAGAGAUCCUGAGUGGAGGUGUGUAUGUCGACCAGAACAAGUUCCUGUGCCACGCAGACACAAUCCACUGGCAGGACAUUGUCAAAAACACACGGAUCCAUCCUGUGGUGGUGCCCACCAACAGCAGUGUGACAUGUCAAAAAUGCCAUCGCUCCUGUAACGGUCGCUGCUGGGGACCCAAAGAGGACCAGUGUCAAAGCUUAACUAAGACAGUGUGCGCAGAGCAGUGUGACGGGGGUGCUUUGGGUCCCUAUGUGAGUGACUGCUGCCAUCGUGAGUGUGCAGGUGGCUGCUAUGGACCAAAGGACACAGACUGCUUUGCUUGCACUAACUUCAAUGACAGUGGGGCAUGUGUGACCCAGUGCCCCCAGCCAUUGUCUACAACCCCCACCACCUUCCAACUGGAACACAACCCCAGGGCCAAGUACACCUAUGGAGCCUUCUGUGUCAAGAAGUGUCCCCAUAACUUUGUAGUAGACCAUAGCUCCUGUGUGAGAGCGUGCCCCAGCAAUAAGAUGGAGGUGGAGGAGAACCGCAUUAAGAUGUGCAUUCCAUGUACUGACAUCUGCCCCAAAGCAUGUGAUGGCAUUGGCACAGCCAGCCUUCAGUCAGCUCAGACGGUUGACUCCAGCAACAUUGACAAGUUUGUCAACUGCACCAAAAUCAACGGCAACCUGGUGUUCCUCAUUACUGGGAUCAAAGGGGAUGUCUACCACAACAUCGAGGCUUUGGACCCAGAAAAACUCAACAUCUUCCGAACUGUUCGUGAGAUUACAGGCUUUCUGAAUAUCCAGUCUUGGCCGGACAACAUGACGGACUUGAGUGUUUUCUCCAACCUGGUUACCAUUGGGGGAAGAGCACUGUACAGUGGGAUCUCUCUGUUGGUGUUAAAGCAGCAGGGCAUCUCAUCUCUGCAGCUCCAAUCCCUGAGAGAGAUCAGCGCCGGGAACGUCCACAUCGCAGAGAACAGUCAGCUCUGCUACUACAGCACUGUCAACUGGACACGACUGUUCCGUGCCGCAAACCAGAAGGUUCUCGUUCGCAACAACAGAGGCCCACAAAGCUGCUCUAAAGAGCACAUGGUGUGUGAGGCGCUGUGUUCAGACGCGGGGUGUUGGGGUCCUGGCCCGGACCAGUGCCUCUCCUGCAGAUACUUCAGCCGAGGGAAAACAUGCGUGGAUACAUGUAACCUUUAUGAAGGGGAUAUUCGAGAGUAUGCCAACGGGUCAGUGUGUGUGGAGUGUGAUGCCCAGUGUGAACGAGCCGACGACGACUCUUUGACCUGCACUGGUCCGGGCCCAGAACAUUGUGUGAAAUGCCUCCAUUUCAAGGAUGGUCCUAACUGUGUGGAGAAGUGUCCCGAUGGCCUGCAAGGUGCCAACAGCUUCAUCUUCAAGUACGCAGAGGCCAACAAUGAGUGUCACCCCUGCCAUACCAACUGCACCCAGGGGUGCAUCGGACCAAGGCUGCAAGACUGUAUUGGAUGGAUGGACAGAACCCCUCUGAUCGCAGCGGGGGUGAUCGGUGGCCUCUUCAUGGUGGUGAUCAUGGUGCUGAGCGUAGCAGUGUCUGUACGACGGAAGAACAUUAAGAAGAAGAGAGCCCUUCGCCGUUUCCUGGAGACAGAGCUGGUGGAGCCUUUAACACCCAGUGGAACAGCACCCAACCAAGCCCAGCUUCGCAUCCUGAAAGAGACUGAGCUCAAACGAGUCAAGAUCCUCGGCUCUGGGGCCUUCGGGACUGUUUACAAGGGUAUUUGGAUCCCAGAGGGGGAAACAGUGAAGAUCCCCGUGGCCAUUAAAAUCCUCAGUGAGGCCACAGGACCCAAGGCGAAUGUGGAGUUCAUGGACGAGGCCCUCAUCAUGGCCAGCAUGGAGCAUCCCCACCUGGUCCGCCUGCUGGGCGUCUGCCUGAGUCCCACCAUCCAGCUGGUCACCCAACUGAUGCCUCAUGGAUGCCUGCUCGACUAUGUCCACGAGCACAAGGACAACAUCGGGUCCCAGCUGUUGCUUAACUGGUGUGUUCAGAUUGCCAAGGGGAUGAUGUAUUUGGAGGAGCGUAGGCUGGUUCAUCGGGAUCUGGCUGCCCGCAAUGUCCUGGUUAAAUCUCCCAACCACAUAAAGAUAACCGACUUUGGCCUGGCUCGCCUUCUGGAUGUCAAUGAGAAGGAAUAUAAUGCUGAUGGAGGAAAGAUGCCCAUCAAAUGGAUGGCCUUGGAAUGUAUCCACUACAGGAAGUUUACGCAUCAGAGUGACGUUUGGAGUUAUGGGGUGACCAUUUGGGAGGUGAUGACGUUUGGAGGGAAGCCAUACGAUGGCAUAUCCACCAGAGAUAUCCCAGACCUGCUUGAGAAAGGAGAGCGUCUUCCACAGCCGCCAAUCUGCACCAUUGAUGUUUACAUGGUCAUGGUCAAAUGCUGGAUGAUUGAUGCAGACAGCCGGCCCAAGUUCAAGGAGCUGGCUGCAGAGUUCACUCGGAUGGCUCGUGAUCCUCAAAGAUACCUUGUCAUCCAGGGUGAUGACCGCAUGAAGCUGCCAAGCCCCAAUGACAGCAAGUUCUUUCAGAGCCUCCUGGAUGAGGAGGAGCUGGAGGACCUGAUGGAUGCUGAAGAGUACUUGGUGCCACACUCCUUCAACAUUCCACCGCUGGCAUACACUCCCCGCGCACGCAUCGACUCCAACAAGAACCAGUUUAGCUACCAGGACCCCAGUUUCAGCAUGGAGGAUAUGCUGGCGACACUCCCCAGAGUGCUCUCCGUUCCACCAGUGUCUGCAAGCUGCCUCCCUCCACAGGACCUGGCUGCAGGAGGGCAGAUGGGUGGUGGAUUUGGCCGGGGCAACCAGGACGACCCUCGCUGCAAUGGCACCCUGAGGAAGCAGGCCUCCCCACGGUCAAGUAUGCUUGGGGCUGGCUCUGUCCUCACUGCCGGACAAGGGGAGGAUAGUAGUGGACAGCGCUACAGUGCUGAUCCAACCGGUCUUUUGGCGGAACGAGUAACAAAAGGUGACAAAGACCAGGAUUGCUAUAUGACUGCCAAGAGAGAAAAGAACAGCUCAGACUACAAGAACCCAGUGGAGGAAAACCCCUUUGUCACACGUCGCAGGAAUGGUGAUGCUCACACAGCAAUUGAUGUAGCAGGUUGCCACACCCUGCACAUGCCUAGUGCUGCUGUUGUUCCCAAGAACCAACCCACCCAUGGGGACGAUGAGUAUGUCAAUGAGCCGCUGUACCUGAAUACCUUUCUCAACCCUGGGGACAAGAAUGGAUUGGCUGGCGCUGUCUCCAUCUCUGGCCCUGGGUCCUCUGCUGCCCAAUCAGUAUCGCAGACAGUCAACCCAUCAACAUCGAGCCACACGGUCUCCACCUCUGGAUAUGUUAUGCCCCCUGGCCACCUCCCCCACCCCUCGUAUCCAUCACACACCCUGCAUCCAGGGCAUUCAGGACAUACUCUACACUCAGGCAUCACCAGCAACACCAUCAUGUUUGAUAAGAAAGCCAAGAAGGCCACUUUUGACAAUCCUGAAUACUGGCAGCACAGUCUACCCCCGAAGUCUUCAAUGCACAACCCAGAGUACCUUCAGGACUGCAGUACACGCUUCUUCUACCGGCAGAAUGGACGCAUUCGCCCGGCUGUGGCCGAGAACCAGGAGUAUUUGUCCGAGGCUGCUAUGAAAGCUGGCAAUGUGUUGCCACCCCCUCCCUACAGACAGAGGAACACUGUGGUGUAGUGACCCCCACCUGUAGCACAAUGGAGGGAUAAAUAGAGGGAAUAAAGGGAAUGGAGAUUUGGGGACGGUGGACAGUCCUCCUUGCACCCUCCCUGAACACGUCUCUCUGUUAAUUCUGAUUUCAACUCUUUUAUCCUCACUCAAAGGUUCUGCCUUUUCCUCGAAAGGACUACAGUGAAAGUUACUGGCAGCCUUGCUUGACAUUCAAACUCUCUUUUUAAGCUCCAUCCUUGGCCAUGACACAAAAGUGAGUAGACACGUCUCUUCAAAGCUGUUUCUGCUCUGGAGCACAAUGUCCUGCCAUCUUUAGUAUCAGAAAGGCACAAAAACAACACAGUGAAAGAAUGAAACGAGAUGUUAAAUAACAGAAAAGGGAGAAUUAAACUGAGGUAAGCCCAAAAAGAAGAUCAUUGCCAUGAUUUAUACACCCAUGACUUACUGUUCACCAUGCCCUUUUAGCACAUUUCCCCACCAGCUAGAUGUACACAUUGCUAUUACUUGUGUGAUGUUUUAUCAAACAAGACAUACACAUGAGGUCGUGUCGUGACUUACCAGCAAACCUGCAGUCAUGCUGAAGAACCCAGAUGUGGCUCGCAUGUCUGCCAACAUGCUUCUUGGACGUUUACAUGUCGCUACACCAGUAAUGGAGUUCAAACAUUCAUCACACCACAGUUCAUAUCAUACCUAAAACAUGUUAACAUGCCUGCAGCCUUGACACACCAAUAAUAACCAUGCAUCAAUGCAUAAGUAAAUAUACACACAGGGGCAGAUAAGCCUGUUUCCACUUGAAAUAUAUUCUUCAGGACAAGCUCAAUUGACCUUGUGCUAGAAGACAGAGUGUGCCGAUAAUGGCUGUCAGUACCACAGUGCAGAGAAAGGGUCAAAAGGGAAGUAAAUGUCACCGCAGUUUUAUGGGAAGCUGUGACAUCACCUAGUGCCUGGUGCAAAGCAUUCGACAUAUUAUUGGCAUGGCUAGGACGGGAUUCAAAAGGUUGAUCAACCAGGACAUGCCCCUUUUGUUCCACAUCUGUAUUUCUCUUUCAACAACAUCAAUCCAGCCCGAAGAGCCAGCAAACCAACCACCUCAAUGUUAUAUUCACACCGCAUCACUGCAAUCAGGACUGUGACUGACAGAACAAGUGUUAGUUGAAGUACAAGGGAUGUACAAUCUAAUGGAAUUGGGGCUUGAGCAUGGACAAAUCUUUUCACAGAGAAAAGAGCAUGAGCAGGUUGGAGAGCAAACAAACAGAACAUAAGGGAAAUAUGAUAUUUUACAAUAUGGAUCAGAACAUUUUGUGUUCUUUAUGUUCUUCUCUUCAAGCAUCAGGGAUCUGUUUACUUUGUCAGCUCGUCUUAGACUUAUUCUUACGCAAACAGCACAGACACCCAGCCACGAACGAGCACUGCAGAGAUGGCAAAGAGGCUAACCCUGCAGAGCAGUAAAUAAGCCAAUUACAUGUCAUUUCCAGACAGACACAAUCUCAGAAAAAAAGGCUCUGUGGAUCAAGCUGUGCCUGGAAAGAUUUUCAACUUCAUUAAAAGACAAGGAUGAUGGGUUUUUUUUCUCCUCAUUUGUGUUCAUAAUGUUUUAUGUCAUUAAAACAUAAAUUCACUUUGUCUCAGUUAGUUCCAACCUCUAGGGCCAUGCUCUGUCUGUUAUGGUUUGUUGGUUUAGAAGUGGAGAUUGUCAAAGAUGUCCAAGGAGACCCUCUUCUUUUGUUUUCUGGAACACUAUGUGCAAACAGAAUACUUUCUUAUUGGUGUAUUGACAGAUUAGAAAUAUCUCUGAAUCCAGUAAUGACCAUCUUUAAGACCUCAUUAAAUACUGCCAGAUGCCACAAUGAACUAUGAUGAGCACUGUUAGCAUGUUGGAUCAAAUAACCCUGAAGUCUAGUUUUGUCUGGAGUUGAAAACUGAACAGCACUUACCGUUUUGACACAGCCAAAUGGCUUUGCUGUUAUUCUGUGUUAAGCAUCCAUUUAUUUAUUUAUUUGCUCAUAUUGCAAAUAUAAUUCACAGUGAGGGGAGAAAAAACGUCGACACAGGCCUCAUUAUGUUUAAUCAGACAUUGUAUUAAAACUAAAGAGGGAUGUCACAUUUUUUCCACACUAGUGUUUAUAAAGAUAAUUGUCCCAUGAUCUUUUUUAACUUCACUGUUGUAGACACUGCUGGCCAAAUGUUAUGAAAAUCAUUUUUGAAUAAUGUCACAACCUAUGAUUGAUUAGAUCUGUAAUAAUCUGGAUUAAAAGUGGUACUGGUAAAUGUUUUGCACCUAUCUCAAAGAGACAGAAAUCAAAUAUGGAACAAAAAAUAUCCUACAUUUCCCACAAUACAGCUGUAGCUCAUUUAAAUCAACUAUCUCUACCUCCAAUUUUAACUCGACAUCUUCAGUUUCUCAAAGUUUUUUCAGUGAAAUGUUUUAUUCUCAUGCCCACGCAGAGAUGACAUCACCAUAGGAUUACUUUCAGACAUCUGGUCGCUCUCACUACUAAUACAGAUGGAAAACUGAACUAAACAUGACUUGGUUUCUGAAAUUGGUGGCAUGCCCCUUUAACCAAAAGCAUUUAAACAUACAUGAUUCAUUUAUCCAUAUCACUUACCCUGAGAAAUAGCAUGAAAUUUGGAGACUGACCAAUGGCUGUGCAUGUCUAGAAACUGACAUACCAACGCAUAACUGCUGUUACACAACCUUGUGCCUCUUCCCUAAAAAAUACCCAGCAGAGAAGAGACAGACGGACGGACAGGGCUGAUGAUGGACUUUGGUAAAACCCAGAUGUCUCUCUGGCACAGUGUUUUCUCCACCUCUCAGGUUUUAUGGGGACCUAAAAUCAUCCAGUUGAGCUCCAGCAGAGGCACGUGCUCGUAGGCUACAUCAUAAAGGGAAGUCUAAAGUGUUACAAUAAGAUAGUACCAAUAUCACAGUAAGCACUGAGCUGAAAUGUUAAUUUUGUAGGUGUGGUACGUAGCGUUUGAUUGAUCAAUUUAAGUGUCAUUGCUCUGUCUCUAAUAUAAAUUAGCCAUGCUAGAUCUGUUCCCUGACACUAUGUGACAUCUCAGUACUACUGCUGAUUUCAGGUUUACUACCUUGAGCUUACACUUGUGUGUAUUUCUUGUGUAAAUAUGUGCAAUGGAAGUGUCCUCCCUAUAUUUUUUAGAUUUAAAAGUCAGUUAUGUAAGCCUAUUUUUACCAUCACCCAUAAGGUAUUAGUUGAAGAGCUUGUAGACUACUGUAUGGCCGUGUGUUUAAGUGCAAUGACAGCAGUGGAGAGGCACCCAAAGGCUUCGUAAUGGAUCUCUAUGGAAAAAUAAAGCCAAUCUUCUGAAGGAGAAAACCUGCUGGCACUCUCAGCCGGCGAGCAUCACAAGGGGCUUUUAGCUUUUUGAAUGCUAAUUCAUCCACUUUCCCUUGUUGUUCUGUGGGGAAAUCAUGUUACCCAACCCCUCACCCAGAGCAUCAGCUGAGAAACGCUGAACGACAGGCAAUAGGUUGUAAUCCUGCAGCGGGGUUAAAACUAAGGUAUUAGCAUUCCAGAAAUGUUACCCGACCAAUGCAUCAAUGUUACAAAAGCUAGCAGGGGAGGGGGUGUAAGUGCACUGUAACUGGCAGAGGAGACCAAAGCUGAUUGCCAUUCUUUCUUUCUCCUCAAGGGUGACUAUAGAAUUGUAUGUAGCAAACACUGUUCUGCAGCUAAAGCAGUAAAAAGCAAAAAGCAGCUAUAUGUGGAGUGAAUACGAACAAGGACUAAAGCAAUCUGGGAAGGGAAAGUGAUUGUGGUCAAAUGUUAACAUGAGACAGUUUCAUGUAAAAUGAUUUCUUUAAUGUAAAAGGUAAGCCUCAUACUGUAGGUGCAGUACUUAUUUAAAGGAGAACAAUAAAUCCCUCACCAUACUGACUGCUCAUCCAGUUAAUUAUUAUAAUAACAGUUCUAUUUAUUUGUGCAUCUACUUUGUUUUGGGGUUUAUUGUAUUUUAAACACUUGUUAACAUGAGUUUGUAAAUGGUGUGCUAAGUUUGGAUUUUAUUCUGGUUUUUGUACUUCAGGGUGCCAUUUGGUGACAGUUUUUGUAUAUGCAGCUUGAAAGCUUCAUGGUCUUUAUGUCUGACAUGUUCUCUAAUUAACUUUAAAAGCAAUUACUGUCUGUCCCAGCUCAGGGGCCGGAUGAUUUCCCCUCAAAGGACCUAAAGUCCAGGCUGAACCUGCAUAUCAUUGCCACAUGUGCAAAAAUGGCUUGACUGCUGAUGUUAUAAACUGCAGCACAAUUGCCUGAGUAGAGGCUUGCUUCAAAAAAUUCAAACCUCAUUUUUAUGUCACAUUUGUGGGACUUCUGAAAUGGGACAGCCCUUGAUGGACUGUUUAGACACAUCCGGCCCAGAUAUGAGGACUUAGGAGGGUCCAGGCCUGAACUGGGACAAAGCAACUGUAUUUAUAGAGUUUGUUCUAUUUCACUUGAUUAUACGUUGAUGAUUCAUAGCAUAAGCUAGUUUUUCAUAGCAUUAGUGAUAAAGGGAUUUGCUUUUUUGGAUAAAAACAGAGGAUAUAACUAUUAACUAAUCAAUUUAAAAAUAGUUUUGGUCAAUGCAUCAUCAAAAAAAAACCAGACCUCAUUUUCUAAAGGGAACCAUAAAGCAGCUGACAAACACAUAUUCUACCAUUGUAAUAGAAACAAAUUGUGUAUGGUUGUCAUACUCUAAUUUUUACACUGAUUCAUAUGUGUAUAUUCUACCAUGCUGUGAUAACUGGGCUAGAUGACAGUGGUUGAGUAAGCACAGUUUACAUUCUACUGAAUUGAUGGUAAAACUGUAAAAAGGAAUUCAAUAUUGUCUUUUAACCAAAUGACAAAGACAUUUAAAUAAUGGGUCACUCAACAGUUUUACCAUUGUAAAAAAAAAAAAUGAAAUAAAAUACAAUAAAAAGGAUAGUAUUUUUAUAGGUAAGUUGAAGGUGGACAGAUGCAUCUGUAAAUAAGACAAUGAUGCUUCUUUUUUCAGCUGACGUUUGAUUUCUCCUUGCAUCAUUACAUUUUAGUGAUACCUUUUCUUUUUCUUUUCUUUGGGGAAUAUCUUUUUCUGUAUGUAUAUAAAUAUAUAUACAGUGUAAAUGUAAUUUGAAGAGUGAACUCUGAUUUUAAAAACGCUUGCAGGGUCUCUUGUCCUCCUCAUCACCUCCCUUGUGAUUGUGUGAUUGUGUUUUCAACACAACUUGGUGGAUUUUGUGUUUCGACCUCUCUCACUUUGUAGGAGUGAAUUUUUAUUAUUCCUUUUUUUUACUGCGUGUAUUAUACCAUCACUACCCUCCACAAUUCUCUCAGUAUUACCCACCUAUUGAGAUUUUUUUUUUAAGAUUUUGUACACUCUGAAAAUGCUGUUGCAAUACUGAUGAAUAUAUAAUAUUUCACCCACUUUCCUCUCGGUCUUUUCCUAAUCAAUGUUGUUAAUCCACCAGUGUCACUUUAUAUCUUGAGUUUUAAGGACCUAUAAUAUAUUUCCUUGAGAAGUUUUAUUUCCAUUUGCACUGCGCUCAGUCAUUGUUUACUUUCAGAUGAUAUUCAGCUCUUCAUCUAUUUUGGGGCAAUACUGAUUGAAUGGUGUAGCAAUAUCAUGUUACAGCCCCUGGAGUGGUUUAAUGAAGUCUGAGAGGCAGAGACAGAACUGAAGACAGUGUGCAUAGGCUGGACUGAUCAUUUAAACUACUGAUAUUGGCUUGUACAGAGGUUAGUAGGUUACCUUUUUUUUGUUUGCUUCAUUAGGAUAAACUAUUUGUUUAUGUUUCCCCACAUAAAAUUUCACCUUAUAUACAGAUUUUUAAAAGAUAUGUUGGGAAGUUAAAUAAUGUUUCAAUGUGAGGACUGACACCAAAUCAUCAAACAGAUAUAUUAUCUUGUGCCAGUGUUACAAACAUGUAUAAUACUCCGACUGAUAGUUGCUGAUGCUUAAGGCCUGAAGAUGAAUUGUUUGCUUCAUCCACUGUCCAUAUCAGGGAGAACAAUAAUUGAAUUAAAAUAACUAUUUAGAGAUGCACAAUCUGACUAUAGUAACAUACUUCCAGUUGUAGGAUAACUAUGGGAUGAUUAUGAUGGUUAUUUAGGAUGAUGAGAAGACUCAAGCACAAUUUGUGAUGUUUAUGAAGGGAGUAGACCGGACAACUUAGGGUUUAGUGCUAUUGUUCGCAAUGCUGUAGACUUAACUACUAGAAUUAUUGCAUUGUGUUAACAAAUGUAAGUGCAAAUACAUGUAAUAUAAAUUCUGGAUUUCUUGAUUUUUACACAGUAUAGUUUUUAUAUUGCCUAUAAUCUACAGAAUAUUCUAGGCCUGUUGCAAGCCUACCAGUUGAACGUGUAUGGCCCUCUGUACUGAUGAUUCUGGUAUCAGCCCUCACAUUUUUUACACCAUGCAUUUCCAUAUUUGUUGAAGGGGUCAGUUUGGCGAGACUCUCCAAGUCCAUGUAUGUGUUUAAAAGUACAUUACAAGUUAAAAAAAAGUGACGGCUGUCAUAAGAUUUAUCAUUAAUUAUCAUUGCUUUGUAUCAACACAUCAGGAUGAUUGAGAACUAAGUUUUAUAUACCAUAUCUUGUCUUAUAUUACCAGUUUUCAAAGAUUCUCUUCACUUGUUGAUCGACACAUUUCCCGAGCUAGAACAUUUAAAUAUGUAUUCCCUCUGUUUUGUUACAUGAACCUGUCAAAAGUAUAUUUUUAAUUCAAUAUGAAUAAAGAUCAGUCAAUAUUUAAACAUA